AUCUGGACCCGCGAAAUGGUUAGUGCUUGCUGUGGCGUACGUGUUCACACUCCCCAGUUCGCGCGCACAUCAUACAAAGUGCCAGAAUCUUCACGGAUCAGCUUUUAUCAAAUGAAUCGGUUUCUUCAGCUUCCCCUACUCUCUCCGCCCAACCUAAAGGCUCCAUUUGCACCGUUGCUUCAAGGCUUACUUCGUUCGCAUGGAUGUUUAUGUAGUCGUGCCGUUGAGACACCAAAGGAUCAAGUUGGAGUCUCAUCAAACAACUCACUUUCCAGAUUUAGAACAUAUUGCACCAGCAAAGAUCUGUUAAUCAAGAAGUGUGUACCAUGUAAUACAAAGGAAUUGCGACCCAUGACUGAUGGUGCAGCAGACUCUCUUAUGCCGCAGGUUGCUGGAUGGAAUUUGGUAAAGGAAGGUGGUGUAAUGAAGCUGAGGCAGUCGUGGAAAGUAAAAUCUUUCACCAAGGGGUUGGAAUUUUUCAAGAUAGUCGCUGAUCUUGCUGAAAAUGAAGGUCAUCAUCCUGAUCUUCACCUUGUUGGUUGGAACAAUGUUACUAUUGAGAUUUGGACUCAUGCAAUUGGUGGACUGACAGAGAAUGACUUCAUACUUGCUGCCAAGAUCAACAAGCUUCCUUUGGAUCACCUACUAAGGCGGAAAGCUGCAGAAUGAGAAAGGGGCGUCUAAUGUUGGUGUUACCGAAAAUCGGCACGAUGAUGUACCUUCCUUGCUUUAUUUGUUAGUGAAUUUCUAAAACAUCUUUUGGUAUAAUAGCUGUACUGAAGGCAAAUUUAUAAGGAAGAAUGAUAGAGGGGUUCUAAAAAGAUCAAUUAAUUAAAGUUAGAUUUUGAGUGUUAAA